UAACUAAACGAAGCCUAUAUUUCGAAAAAAAAAAAACUUGCAAACACCCAUCGUAAGUAGGCCCUCCCGAAAUACUUAUUUCAUUUCUUUCCUCGAUAAGUUUUUUUUUUCUCGCUGGCGCCAAGCUCGUCAAUUCAAAAAAUUCAAAAAUAAAAAAUCCGCCCUUUCGCAUCCAUGGCCAAGAACCCCAAGGCGGCCAAGAACCGCCGCCCCACGACGCGGAGACCUCGCGCCGCCGCCGCCGCCGCCACCGCCUCCGCCUCCGCGGACAUCGAGGACCUGGCGCCGCCGUCCGGGUGCAGGGCAGCAGUGGGGCUCACCACGGCCGCCGCGGCGGUGCGCGCGGAGCUGCUGCGGUGGUACGACGCCAACCGGCGCGACCUGCCAUGGCGGCGCGCCGCGGAGCCGGCGGGGAGCGGGAGCGGGAGCGGGCGCGGCGAGGAGAAGAGGGCGUACGCGGUGUGGGUGUCGGAGGUGAUGCUGCAGCAGACGCGGGUGCCCGUGGUGGUCGACUACUACUCCCGGUGGAUGGCCCGCUGGCCCACCGUGGACAGCCUCGCCGCUGCCACGCAGGAGGAGGUGAACGAGAUGUGGGCGGGGCUCGGGUAUUACCGGAGGGCUCGAUUUCUUCUCGAGGGAGCAAAGCAAAUUGUUGAAAAAGGCGAGUUCCCUCGCACAGCAUCAGCACUCCGUGAAGUUCGUGGCAUUGGGGAUUACACAGCAGGAGCCAUUGCUUCCAUAGCCUUCAAUGAGGUUGUCCCUGUUGUGGAUGGAAAUGUCCGAGUUAUCAGCAGGCUUUACGCUAUUCCUGAUAACCCAAAAGAAUCCUCAACUGUGAAGAGAUUCUGGCAGCUCACUGGUGAACUGGUCGACCCUUCUAGGCCAGGAGACUUCAACCAAGCAAUUAUGGAACUAGGAGCAACACUCUGCAGAAAGACGAAGCCCGGUUGCUCCCAGUGCCCUGUCUCCAACCACUGCCAAGCACUCACACUUUCCAACCAAAGUGCUUCCGUAAAAGUUACAGACUACCCACGAGUGGUUCCAAAAGCCAAGCCACGGUCUGAUUUUGCUGCUGUUUGUGUUGUUCAAAUCAAUGAUAAUCUCUUUCUAUUGAUCAAGAGGCCAGAAGAGGGCCUGCUCGCUGGGCUCUGGGAGUUCCCAUCUGUUCUUGUGAGCGAAGAGAAGACUGAUGUGCUGAAUAGGAGAAAAGAGAUGGACAAAUAUUUGAAGCAGGUCCUUAGCAUAGAUGUUAAAAGGAGAUCCAGUGUGAUCCUCAGGGAAGAUGUUGGCCAACAUGUUCACAUUUUCUCUCACAUUCGCCUGACGAUGUUUGUUGAGCUGAUGAUUUUGAACCUCAAAGAUGAUGGGGAUAAAUUAUGCAUGGAGGGACAAGAUAACAGCAAACUGAGAUUCAUUGACGAAAAUGCAGUCGACUCAAUAGGAUUGAUAUCAGGGAUCCGGAAGGUGUACAACAUGGUCAAGGCCUUCAAGGAGAAGAGGCCGAAAGAGCAGAGCCAAGUACCAUCGAGGAAAAGGAGUAGACGGCUGAAGUAGCAAAUCUUCAGAACUAAAUGCAGAAGUAACAUAACUGCAGAAGCAACUAGUCAAUAACUGAAUGCUGAUAUUAUCUUGUAGUUGUACUGUGUAUUUGUGCUGCUCACUCAACUAAAUUGGCCGCAUAUUGCUGCAUUUUGGCAAAGCUGACCGUGAGUUAGUAGUUUAUCUUAGGUGGAGGGGAGCACGGGAAAAAAAGAGAAGGGAGAAAAAAAAAUCCAUAUCAUCGUCUACGUGGCGUGUCACGUAGAUAAGACCACGGUCAAACGGGGAUUUAGAUCGGAAUGAUACAAUAAACCAAAUUUAGGGGUCCUGAUGUAUGCUUUGCAAGUUCGUGGAACUAAGUGAAAUCUCAUAACAAGUUUAAGGAUCGCUGGUGUAUUUUACUCUUUAACUGAACACCUGGUAGUCACUGCUGAAAAA